GCGCUGUCUCCACGUUGUGUAAAUGAAUCCAAAACCACCGAGGAAGAAACUCGCCGGAAGCUACUUUUAGUGAACACGCGGUGCGUCCGGCCUUUCCAACAGGGCAGCGAGAGGGAACAUGGCCAAGAUCAAGGCACGAGAUCUUCGGGGUAAGAAGAAGGAGGAACUGCUGAAGCAGCUGGAUGAUCUGAAAAACGAGCUGUCCCAGCUCCGUGUGGCUAAGGUGACCGGAGGAGCUGCCUCCAAGCUCUCCAAGAUUCGUGUUGUCCGAAAAUCCAUCGCCAGAGUCCUGACUGUAAUCAACCAGACACAGAAGGAGAAUCUGAGGAAGUUCUACAAGGGUAAGAAGUACAAGCCCCUGGAUCUGAGACCCAAGAAGACCAGAGCUCUGCGUCGUCGGCUCAACAAACAUGAAGAGGGUCUGCGCACCAAGAAACAGCAGAGGAAAGACCUCCUCUACUCCAUCCGCAAAUUUGCUGUCAAAGCUUAGAGGCUUUUUCUAUCGGUAAAAUAAAAUCUGUAAAACACCA